GAACUUGAUCGAUGAACUUGUGAAUAUAUAAUAUGAGCUUACAGUCAUUAUCGAUAUUUUAGCGAAAUCGAAAUUCUUUGUAACGGAAACGUAGCGAAGUUCAGGUAUUACGUGUACAAUUGUACGUAACAAAUUUGUCGUAAUGUGGACAGCGAACAAAUUUAGAUAACCCAGCGUUGAAUACCAUAUAAUGGAGAAAGAAGGCUAGAAACAAAGGGAAGCGAAGUUGGGAGACAAAACAGUGGUCGUAAGGUGUAAUAAUCAUCAAACAAAAAGUUUGACACACCAAUGGCCUAUCAAACUUUUCGGCAGGAGUACCUGCAAAUGCCUGUGGUAACACGAGUUUAUACGACAGCUUGUGUCAUUACAACUCUUGCCGUGCAAUUAGAUUUAGUUUCGCCGUUUCAACUGUACUUCAAUCCCAUUUUAAUAAUAAAACAAUAUCAGUUAUGGCGUCUGAUAACCACAUUUUUAUUCUUUGGGAAUGUUGGCUUCAAUUUUUUCUUCAAUAUGAUUUUUACCUACCGUUAUUGUCGAAUGUUAGAAGAAGGAUCUUUUCGAAGAAGGACAGCUGACUUUGUAAUGAUGUUUAUUUUUGGGGGUAUAUGUAUGAUUACAUUUGCGUUUUUUGUUAACUUACUGUUUUUGGGACAUGCAUUUACAAUCAUGUUAGUCUAUAUAUGGUCACGGCGUAAUCCAUUUGUUAGGAUGAAUUUUUUUGGAGUUUUAAACUUUCAGGCACCAUAUCUGCCAUGGAUACUUCUUGGAUUUUCUAUACUCCUAGGUAAUGCUAUAUGGGUAGAUCUCGUUGGGAUGGCUGUAGGGCAUAUGUACUAUUUUGCAGAAGACGUUUUCCCACAAAUAAGGGGAGGUUUCCGUAUUCUUAAGACUCCACAAAUAUUAAAAACAUUGUUUGACGCACAUCCAGAAGAUCCAGAUUACACUCCACCACCUGAAGAUCGACCAGGUGGUUUUAAUUGGGGUCAAGGAGCUAUGCUGUAAUUAUUUUUCAUCUCCCUAUUUCCAUGAGCCAUCCAUUGUUAAUUGAUAUAUCAAGUAAAUUUAUGAAUUUAUAUACAUCUGUGAAAUUUGAAUUUUGUUUUGCAAUUUUUACAAUUACUAACAAAGAUAAAGUGGUUUGAGCAUACACAUUUAGAUAUUCGAAAUAUCUCGUAUGUAUUGACUGUAUUACGAAGACUUCCAUCUGCUACCAGGGGUUACAAUUUUUUUCACGAAAUAAGUGUGAUAGUCUCUAUACACAAGAUUUUACUUGUUUAUUAAAACAUAUGUAUUAUAGAAACAAAGAUCAAGAAUGUUGAAAUCAUUUGUAGCGAUACUAUCUUGGUGGAAGCAUUUAUUUAUACUAGCACUAACAUAAUAUAAAUAUUUCCAAAGUACAAAUCAUAUUAAAUAUAAAGUGAAGAGACACUACAUAUUAUUUUAAGUUUAUUUAUACUUAUCUUAAAUGUUAAUAUAACUCUGGACUAGAUACAUUACCCAUAUGCUCAUAAUUAUUCUACUGCAAUGAAAAUCGAUCGUUAUCAAAUGAAAUAGUAAUAUUAUCAAUGAUUGUUACUUUUAAUAAAAUAUGAGUCAAACUGUAUAUAGUAGAAAUUUCAAUUCCACGAAUCCUUGAUAGCAUUAAUUUGCGUGAUAAUUGCUGAACUUUCUAAAAGAAUGAUAAAAUUGAAACCCCUGAUGUAAAAAAAAAAAAAAAAUCUGCACUAACAAUGUUUUGUCAUAUUAAUAUCUUUUUUAACUCACGUGUCGUAUAAUGUAUCAUAAUAAUAGUAAAUAAUAGAUAUUACAUACAAACAAUUGCUAUCUAACAUCAAUAUAUUUGAUGUUAUAUUGCCAAUAAACCGCAUGACAUGAUGAAUAUAUAGAAUACAUCACAGAGAUAAACACCUCUGACCAAUAAACAUUUUGUAAUAAAGUGUUUCAAAGAAACUACGAAAUGAUAUUGCACAAUUAAUACUACAAAAUUAACAAUCACAGUAAAUGAAAAUAGGGAUGCACGAUUUCUGAUAUUAAAUAUGAAAACAUUGUAAAGCAAUCAAUAGUAUAAUAGAAUUUGUUUUUGCUCAUCUACUUGUUUUAGAAUAUACAUUUACACAAUAAUGAAUAUCAGUCUGACAUAAGUAAUAUGGAUUUUGUCAAUAAAAUACAUCUACUCAUUGAUAAAUACAAAAUAUCUGUAACAAUGUGUACAUAAAAAUAGGAACUAUCAAUUUUAUCUGUAGUAUGUUAUUAACAAUUGUUCCUGACAAACAUUGUUUAAAACAUGAUAGUCAUUACUGAUGCUCACUUGAAAAUAAUAGUUUUAUGUAAGUCGAAACAAUAAAAGCACCUUUUUUACAAGCAUA